UAAUCAAAGAGUAUGAUGGUGCCAAUCGUGUAUCUAGCCAGCUAUACCACACUACACUGCACUGCUGUUGCUAGGCCCAAAAUGAUUGUAAGACAUUAUGAUGAUAAUAAUUAUAAUAGAGGACAGGCCUAAGUAAGGACUGGUAAGGACAGUAUUUGCCAAUGUGAGACGGCAGGUGUAAAGUGGUUGUUCGGCGAUUGGCGGAACGUCACACGUGACAUCGUACUACUCAAUCCGCGCGUAUUUGUAAAUAUUUUUCAGUAAUUAGCAUAGUUUCAAUUAAAGUUUGUCCGCAUCAUCGUCGAUCUUGACAUUUUACUCUAAGCUACGCGCUGUAUAUUAUGAAUAACAGCUAACGUAUUGUGUGGCAAAAUGUGAAAACAGCUACAAAUAGGCAUAAUUUGCAUCAGUCGAAGAUUAGGUGUUGUUAUGAGUUUUGAAAUGGUGGAUUCUAUGUAUUUUCAUUGCAUUUGGAUGGACGUAGCCAAAUCGCGUGAAGCUACAAAAUUUCAUUGAAUUUCUGUGAUGUUAUGAAAUGGUAUCAUGACCUUAAGCUGCUGAUAACUUAUCGUACUCUAUGCCAAUUUCAAGGACAAGUUUUGACGUCUGUUUCGGUAUCAAAAACUCUAGUUGGUACGGAACAUCAAGCCAGAAAAGAAUUCAAACUCGAUCAACUACAAAGUGCACUGCAGGUUUAUACCUUAUAUAAUGAAAUUCAUUUGAUUAUAGAAGAAUCGUGACUGUGUUAAAACAGUGCCAACUUGUGUUCCCGGUUCUCCACUUUUAUUGCAUCAAGUCUUCUUGCACGUUUAAUGGACGAAUAAUCGGCGAAACUUGUAUUAUGGCUCGUUUGAUAAAGAGAUUGACGUCAGCAGCGAUGGGCUGUUCAGCUAUCGACAAAGUUAUGGUAAAGCCUUGUGUGAACAUAAAGAAGACUUCACUAGCAUUUCCUAUUUAUCGUGGUAGCCGCUUCUGUUCUCGCCAUGUAUGCACGGUGGACAAGUUGCUUUCAAUUUCCUCUCACAGGAAAUACACUUCUGCUCCCAGAAUAGUACCUUUUAAGUUGUCAGAUAUUGGAGAAGGGAUACGAGAAGUAACUGUAAAAGAGUGGUUUGUAAAAGUCGGGGAUAAAGUUUCACAGUUUGAUAACAUUUGUGAAGUUCAAAGCGACAAGGCCUCUGUUACAAUUACCAGCCGUUAUGAUGGGACCAUCACAAAAUUACAUUACAACAUUGAUGACACAGCCCUUGUGGGAGACCCACUUGUGGACUUGGAAGUUUUUGACAACAGUACGACAGCAAGUGGAGGUUCUUCACAGGAGAAUGCUGACAUUCAGACAGCUGAAACUACGGAAGAGAUAAUAGAUUUUGGCUGUAAAAUUCUAGCAACACCUGCUGUUCGAAGAUUGGCAUCAGAAGAAAAAAUUGAUUUGAAAAACGUGUCUGGGACUGGCCGGCAUGGACGAAUAUUAAAGGAAGAUGUUUUGACAUACUUGGAAGACAGGAAGAAAACACGUAUGCAUUCUGAGGAAACUCGAAAAUCAAAAGAAUUUUUAAAUGUAAAGACUAGUGAUACUCUUGUGUCUUCAGAAAGUAAUGUACAAAAGAAGCCCAUUCAAGGGUUUUCUAAAGCCAUGGUAAAAACCAUGACAGCAGCAAAUAUGAUUCCACAUUUUAUGUACAGUGAUGAAAUUAAUGUGACUAAAAUAUCAAAUAUUAUCGAAGAGUUAAAACAAAUCCAAACACCUGUUAAAUUUACAUUCAUGCCUUUCUUUAUUAAGGCAGCUUCAAACAGUCUUUUAAAAUUUCCUCUUCUCAACUCAUCAGUAGAUGAGAAAUGUGAACAUAUUUUGUAUAAAUCAAGUCACAAUAUUGGAGUUGCCAUGGAUACACCUGCUGGCCUUGUAGUUCCCAACAUUAAAAAUGUUGAAAAGUUAAGUAUUUUAGAAGUGGCGCAGGAGCUGAAGAGAUUACACCAUAGUGGGUUGGCAAACUCAUUACGUCCAUCAGACUUGACUGGAGGGACUUUCACAUUGUCAAACAUUGGUUCGAUUGGAGGAAAGUACACUCUACCAGUUGUUUUACCUCCGGAAGUGGCAAUAGGAGGAAUAGGAGCAGUACAGAUUGUUCCUAGGUUUGACGAGUUGGGAAAUGUUGUGAAAGCAAAGGUGAUAUGCAUAAGUUGGGCAGCUGAUCAUCGGAUUAUUGAUGGCGCAACUAUAGCUAGAUUUUCAAAUUUGUGGAAGAGUUACAUUGAAAAUCCUUACAAACUGCUUUUGAAUGUGUGAUGAUAACAUUGUUUGUCAUAUGCUGUUAAUUUUGUGUUAUCAGACAAUAAAUGUCAUUGUUUUCUAGAAUUUAUUGAACAUUUUCUUUUUUUCUUGGAGGUUAUCAUGUGCUGCUCUUGAAUCAAAUAAUUAUUGUUUGUGCUCUGUGACAGUUACUGCAAACCAAGAGAUUUCACUAAUGAGGGGUUCCAUGUGAAAUGAAAUACUGAUUUCAAUUGUGUCUUCUGAAUUGAUGUUCUAAUUUUUUAUGGAAACUGUGAUAAAAUUCAUGAGACUAGUAUUCGGGGGGGGGGAGUCAUUCCGCACCAAUUCAUCAAGGGUGCAGACAGUUAAGAUGUUUUCAACCUUGGUGUGCCUGAAGUUCCUGCUGAUGUAAAUAAAAUUAAUGCUUACGGAGGCAGUAGCAACAAUUAUUUUGAAGUGUCAAUGAUCUAAUAUUUGUAUAAAUAGUGAAAUUGAUAUGGAUUAGACAAACCAAAAAUUGUGUCAGCUUGGACGUUUUCAAAAUUUAAUGUUGUUGAAGUGUCAUUUUAAAGCUCAUAAAUGAGGCUUCUUUACAAAUUUAUUACAUUAUUUACAUUAAAUAAUUAUUAACACAAAUUUCUGAAACACAACAUACCCUUUUCCUCCACAUUCAAGAGUUGUGAGUGUUGUUCACGAGUUGUGAAAUGAAGGGUUUCAAAUAUUUGUAACUCCUGUUCCUAUUUCUAUCCCAGAUUCAAACAAUUAAUACAGUUGUUAUAUAAAUUCGAGGUUGAUGAUGCAGAAUGGUGAAUGAUGCAGAAUAUUUAGUCUUGAGAAAUCGCUGCCGAUUUUAUGAUCUCUAUAUUUCUUCCAAAAACUUGUGAUGCUGUAUUAUUAUGAUUUUAUUUUAUGUGUGAAAUGGUGGUAAAGCUCUAAUUGACCUUGCCUACAAUUUGUACUAGAAUUAUAAAAAGAGAAAAUUUGAGGUGUCUAUAAAACUUGUGAAUCAUGUCCUUUUUGAUUUGAUAACUUUUUGGCCAUCAGGCUUCAUAAGGUUGUGAACCCUUGAUCUAAACCAUGCACUCACAUUUUUCAAAAAUUGUUAUUUUUCACAUUGAUCUACCUCAACUUGAGUCCCUGUGAAUUUGACAGGAAUUUCCUAGAGUACUUCAUGGAAGAGUGUCCCUAUCUGGAUGUUUCAAAAAUUUCUGAAAACUGCUCCCAGGUAAAAAAAUAAUGUCUUGUUCAAAUAGUUUGAAGU